AUGCAGUAUUCGAUAGCGCAUUUCGGGACGCGAGAACGAUUUUGGUUUCCCGAGGGAUGGCGAUCAUCGACUUUGUAUAGCCAGUCACGUCAGCCCUCACGCCAGCCUCCUGCAAGCCCUCUACAAAAACCACAUCACAUCACCUUGAGCAUCAGCAUCACACUUGUAUUAAACAUGACCGAGUAUUUCCUUGAACUCAGUCGGCCCGGUCAUUUCUCAGUGAAACUGCUGACGGACAGCACUGGCCAGGGUCCCCUCUGCGGAUCGAGCCUCAUCAGCAAGGGUCCAAUAAAGGAGAUCUGUGGGUAG